UUAGGAGCGAAGCCGCCGUCGCCGCCACCACCAGCGAAGCCCCGCAAAGGCUUUCUAUCCAGCGAGGAAGCGCGCGCGCUCUAUCCUUGAGCCGCCGCCGCCGCCGCCGCCGCCGCCGCCGCCGCGCGCGCGAUACCAUAGCCCGCGAUAUAGUCCGAGCUUUUGGACACUCAAGAUUCGACGCAGCGAGCAUUUCCAUUGUCUCGUUAUUACAGUUUCUUUCAUUCCUAUUUCGUUUGGCUUCUGCUUCGGUCUCUCGUGCUCGUUCAUGGUUGUAUUGUCGCGCGUGGUGCCAAGUGAAUGCCGGAACAGCACCGCGAUGAUAUGGUGAUACGGCACGAGUGAGAAGGUCAGAGGGUACGUCAUGGCGUGCAGCGGCUUUUCAUUUGGACGGAGCGUUACCAGCUCAGCGCUUGUCUUACUGAUACUGCUCCAAGCAGUUUUAGUAUGGGAGCGAGGUUUCAUGGCGCCAGCACCAGUGAAAAAAAAUGAUAUCCUAGCUGGUACGGAAUUUUUAUCCGUCUUCAUUAAUGGAGCUAUGGCUCCCAGGCCAACAAGGAAACGUCUCAGUCUUCGACGAGGCAAUACUGUUAUUGCAGAUAAUGUGCCAGCUGAAUCGAAAAACGACGAAGCCAAUAUUUUUCGAAUAUCGCGAGCACCGAUUACGAUAAAACCGACAGUAGCAAGACCACGAACUAUAACUACCAUUCCUGAUGAUAGUAUGCAAUAUUAUCCAAUCAGUCGUAAGCUUUUAGAUAAUAAACACCACAGCCUUGAAACAAUUAUAGACGAUUUACAUCGACCUGGUAACAUUUCUUCUAAAUUUAUAGCAAAACAAGAUGUUUUAAGAAAACCUAACAAUAAUAAUAAGUCCCCGAUAAGAAUAGUAAAACCUAUCAACCAAAAGGUCAUAGGUGUCAGUGUAACAUCAUCUGUGGCAGCAACACCGUACAUAGUAAGAGUCGAACAUAAUGAUCAAAAUGGUAUCCCUAUGAUAACACAAUCAUCCCCUGUAGUGACAAGUACUAUUUACGUUACACCUAAUCCACCGUUGGCAAAAGAUGUGACAUCAUCGCCAGCUAGAAUUGUCACAGAAGAACUCAGUAAUAUCGUUUCAGAGUCAAACAGAAGUGAAUUUUCAGUGGAUGAAAGUGUUCCAAGAACAAGCACACACAAUCGUGCUUAUACUACUCCAAGACCUACAGCUAGCUAUCAUUCUAACUCCAGGGAUAACAAUCAACCUACAGAUUCUGCUGUCAGUGGUAGCAAUUCCGAGCCUGUUGAGCAAAGAUAUGAAUUUCAAGAACAUAAUUCUGAAAUGAAGGAAAUAAACCACGAAAUUGCAGAAGUUCAUGCACCUUUUUUACGCAAUCAAGGUCGUAAAGUUGGUAGACAUUUUGAAGACUCGACAUAUAAUCAACCAUCUGAAAUUCACAAUACUAAAUUGGAAGGAAAAGGCUAUGAAAAUCAGAAAUCUAAAGCGUUUGAAGAACAAGCAAAAAUAUAUAGUGAACCUGCCAAAGUCUAUGGUGAACCAGAAAAAGUGUACAGUGAACCAUCUAAAGUUUAUUCUGAGCCAGCAAAGAUUUAUGGAGAACCAUCCAAAAUCUAUAGUGAGCCUUCAAAAAUUUAUUCUGAACCAGCAAAAGUAUAUGGAAAGCAGGAAAAAGUUUAUUCUGAACCCGCUCGAGUAUACUCGGAACCAGCUAAAGUUUAUUCAGAACCUGCUAAAAUUUACGGUGAACCAGCAAGAGUUUAUGAUAUAAAUGGUCAUCCGAUCGGCGAACCCGAUGAAAAAAAUUAUGAAGUUGAUGAGGCAGUUAGUGUCGGUAGUAAUGGAAACGUUCAUGGACCGCAAUCUAUGACUGAAGCUACAAAUAUCGACGAAGAUGGCCACAAAGUGGGAUACGUCGUCGAAGGGCGUAAUUAUCGAAAAUAUCGCGUUGAAGAAAGAACGUCGGAUGGAUUUAUUGUAGGAGAAUAUGGAGUUGUUAGUCACGAUGAUGGAUCACUGAGAGGAGUAAGAUACACUGCUGACGGAACUAUUAAUCCACGGCUCAUUUAUGAUGCUCUCAUGAAAUUUUUAGCUCUCUAA